AUGGCUACUGCGGAUGUACCGAGCCUUGCGAUUCCGGGCCGAGUCCUCGGCCCCGUGUCCAAAUAUGCGCCCGGCGCUGGAACACACAUUUUUGAAGGAAACGUGGUGUCGUCGUUGAUGGGCAAUGUGACGGUCAUGCCCCCGGCUAAAGCACCCGGCCCCGCGAAACGAUUGAACAAACUUACGGCGCCGUCCUCCGACGAGCUCUCUACAAUCACAGUCGCACGACAUGGCCGCAAGCGCGAGAUUCUUCCCGACGUCAACAACAUUGUGCUGGCGCGCGUGGUCCGUUUGAUGCCCAAGCAAGCCAUUGUCGUGAUUCAGCAGGUCGGCGACACGGUGCUGCAGACGGAGUGGCAAGGCGUAAUUCGCGUGCAGGACGUGCGCGCCACGGAAAAGGACAAGGUCAAGAUAUCCGAGUCGUUCAAGCCUGGCGAUAUUGUCCGGGCCCAAGUAAUUUCAUUGGGAGACCAAGCCAAUUAUUACCUUUCAACGGCGUCAAACGAUCUCGGCGUCAUCAUGGCGACAAGCGAGGCGGGCAACGACAUGGUGCCCAUCAGUUGGAAGGAGUUUAAGGAUGCCGAGACGGGCGCAAGCGAGCUGCGCAAGGUUGCUAAGCCGAGCUGA